AAAUAAGCAUUAAGGUCGAGUGCGACUGAGGCGCCGCGGGCCUGGCUUCCAGGUCUCCGUCCGGUUCCCCGGAGGUUCGCUGGUGGUGCCUUUCUGUCGUCCCCGGCGACGUGAGUGGCAUUGCCUCCCAGGGGCGUCGUGAGCGUCCCUAAAGGCGGGCCGGGGACCGGUGUGGAGGCGGCGAGGAAGCGGAGGAAAGUGGCGGCGCUCGGCGGCUCCUGGGUGCUGACUCGCACUUGCGGGUGUAACGCGGCGCGAGCGGCCUGGUCCCCCGGGCGCGUCGUGGGUCCUGGUCGUCGUCCGGACGCUGCUCACUGUGAUUGGGAAGAGGACAGCCGUCGUGCUCAGCGUUUUUCUUGGCCAUAGGAAAAAUGUCUGUUUUUUCUAAAAUAUCUUUGAGACUUGAGGUUGAAAACUACCUUAAAGAGGGCUUUAUGAAUAAGCAGGUUGUAUCAGCUUUUGGUAAAGAAGAAGCAGAAAGGAAGUUUGAAACUCUGUUAAAUCACUUGUCACACCCUCCAUCAUUCACAACUGUCAGAGUAAAUACACAUCUAGCCUCAGUGCAACAUGUGAAAAAUCUGUUAUUUGAUGAACUUCAGAAGGUUUGUCAGUUUAAUGGAUUAAGUGUUCCUAUUCUUCAACAUCCAGACCUUCAGGAUGUCUUACUUAUUCCUGUCAUUGGACCUAGGAAGAAUAUAGAAAAACAACAAUGUGAAGUCAUUGUUGGAGCCCAAUGUGGCAAUGCUGUAUUAAGAGGAGCCCAUGUCUAUGUUCCAGGAAUUGUAUCGGCUUCAAAAUUUAUGAAAGCUGGAGAUGUUGUUUCUGUAUACUCUGAUAUUAAAGGCAAAUGUAAAAAAGGAGCCAAAGAAUUUGAUGGAACAAAAAUAUUUCUUGGAAAUGGGAUUUCUGAAUUAAGCCGCAGAGAAAUCUUCAAUGGGCUACCUGAACUGAAAGGUAUAGGUGUAAGAAUGACAGGACCAGUGUAUCUCAGUCCUUCAUUUGACAAUGUACUGCCCAGCUACUUAUUUUUACAGAAUUUGCCAUCUGCUGUAGUUACUCAUGUUCUGGAUCCUCAACCUGGAGAGAAGAUUCUAGAUUUGUGUGCAGCACCUGGAGGCAAGACAACACACAUUGCAGCACUAAUGCAUGAUCAGGGAGAAGUAGUAGCCCUGGAUAAACUAUCCAACAAAGUAAAAAAAAUAAAGCAGAAUGCUUUAUUACUAGGGCUAAAUUCCAUUAGGGCUUUUUGCUUUGAUGGAACAAAGGCGCUUAAACUUGAUAUGGUUAAGGACACAGAAGGGGAGCCUCCAUUCUUACCAGAAUCUUUUGACCGUAUUCUUCUUGAUGCACCCUGCAGUGGAAUGGGACAGAGACCAAACAUGGCUUGCUCUUGGACUUUGAAGGAAGUGACAUCGUAUCAACCAUUGCAGCGAAAACUCUUUACUGUGGCAGUGAAGCUGCUGAAGCCAGGGGGAGUGCUUGUUUACAGCACGUGCACCAUCACACUGGCGGAAAAUGAAGAACAAGUGGCCUGGGCCCUCACAGCAUUUCCUUGCCUUCAGCUUCAGCCCCAGGAACCACAGAUUGGAGGAGAAGGAAUGAUGGGAGCUGGCCUGUCAUCUGAACAAUUGAAACAGCUGCAGCGAUUUGAUCCAUCUGUUGUGCCAUUACAGGACAUGGACAUUGAUUCUCUCAGAGAGGCCAGAGUAGAAGACAUGAUUUGGCUGGCAAAUAAAGAUUGUAUAGGUUUCUUUAUUGCAAAAUUUGUAAAAUGCAAAAGUAUACAGAAGGAUCCUUAGCAAUGGAAAUUCCAAACAUGUACUCUGUGUGUGUUUUAAUUUAAAAACCAUCUGUUGUCCAGCCAAGUGACUGAUGGUGUAAUUGCUAAGGAAACAGAAAAGGCUGCCAGCUGUUUCACCAGGGAUUAGAAGACACAGGAAGUAGUUGUGGGUCAUGGGGAGGUGGUUUGAGAUUAAAUUUUGUAAUUUUAAAAUAAUUUUUCCUUUUGGAUUUAUCAGAGUUCAAAGAAAAGCAGAUGCCUGUAGAUGUCUGAAACAUUUUUAUUUGGGGUCAUAUGUCUUAAUUUGUAAAGAAUGCAAGUAAUUUUUAAUGGCAAUCAAUGAAUCUAACAAGGAAAAAAAUUAGCGAUAUUUAAUUUGGUUGUAAAAAAUAUUUUUUAUUCCUGAGUUCCUAAGUAUGUAGUUCCUUAAGAAUUCGGGGCAUGAGAAGUAUGACAUUUGCCAUGUGCCAUUUACUGAACCAGGUAUUUUACUUCUUUUUCUGCUUACUAUUUGAUAAAUAAACCUUUCAAAUGAAGUCUGGACCUCUUCUAAA